AUGCUUCACUGUUUCUGCUUUCUAGAUAGUUCCAAUGAUAACGCGGCUAGUAUUAGUCCGGUUCCCUUGACUCAGGUGGCGCUUCAUUCACCUCGGACACCUGCUAUGCAGGAAAAGCAAGGCGAUGAAAUCGAGGCUCAAGUGAUUUCCUCUGCUGAAGAUGAUAGCACCUUGAUUCCCCCGUUGGUGGGAGGUCCCUUGGAACACGUGCCUGAUGAAGGCAGUAAGCGAUUUGAAGACAUCGCAGAGGAAUCUGAUGGACAGUCCUUAAUGAGUGAUCGCAAUCACACAAGUCAUGAGCCUCGUCUUAAGCCAGAGUCGGCCCGAUUAGAGAGGCCAUCUCGCCAGGCAUCUGCCCGGCCGCGGUCAAUCAGGGAGAGAGGGUCUGUUGAGGUUCCCAAGGAGACGUAUGAACUGAUGUCAGAGAUCGAGGAUGUCUCGGCAACAGAGGCAGACGAUGAGUCAUCUCACCAUGACGAAAAUGAAGUUGAAGGCGGCCAUCUUGAAUUCCAUUUCACAACUGGAGACCAGUCAGAACCUGUUGAAUCUAGCUUCCUCACACAAGACCAGGGGGACAGUGAACGUCUGCUUAAUGAACCUGAACAGGAUAAACAUCUUGAUGUCGCGGAUGCACCAACAGAACCUAUCAUUACCCCUGAACCUGUUGUUGGUGAGUGCCAGUAUGAUACCCUGGAGAUGAUUUAUCAAGCACAGUCAUUAGAUCUCUACAAGAAUGGUCCUGGAACUUGCAAUUAUGAGGAUGAGGCUGCAUAUUCAGAUGAUUUUGAUGAUGAAGCAUCACAAAAAGCUGCAACCUCACCCAUCAAUAGAUGUCUGACCUAUACCCCUGACAGUGCAGGAAAGUCAUCUCCACUCCUCACACAAGUUCCAACAAGACACAAUAGCGCAGAUAGCAGGCGGUCUGCGGCUGGGACUCCAGGAGAAGAGCAGGGAGUGGAUGAUCGGGAAUGGUCACGUGAGAGUGUCAGAGCAACUUCAACUCAACAUCCCAGCUCUCACUCCCGCCGUUAUUCAGCGUCUGAUCUGUUAGAAUCUGCUACAUCUGGUGGUUCGCGGCGUGGGAAGUUAGUGAGACAGCAUUCAUUUGAUGAGGAACGGGCUUUAUCUCGGCCAACUACUGGUGUUAGGACUCGCCUCACAUCAUACAAAGCCCUGCCUCCUAUUGGCAGCUCACUAGACCAAGAGGACAAGGUGGAUCCUGAUGAUUUGGAUGAUGACAAGGCAGAGUCUGUUUUCGAGGAUGUUCCAGUAAAAGAAGAGGCAACUGAAAGGGCUUUCUCUGGCAGAAGCCGCACAGUGAGUCGCUCUGGAACUCCUGUGGCUGUUGAUGAUAGUGAGGAAACAGAGAGAGCUUUCUCAAGCAGAAGCCACCCAGCCAGUCACUCUGGAACUCCUGUGGCUGUUGAUGAUAGUGAGGAAACAGAGAGAGCUUUCUCAAGCAAGAGCCACCCAGCCAGUCACUCUGGAACUCCUGUAGCUGUUGAUGAUAGUGAGGAAGCAGAGAGAGCUUUCUCAAGUAGGAGCGGCCCAGCCAGUCACUCUGGAACUCCUGUAGCUGUUGAUGAUAGUGGGGAAACAGAGAGAGCUUUCUCCAGCAAGAGCGGCCCAGCCAGUCACUCUGGAACUCCUGUAGCUGUUGAUGAUAGUGGGGAAACAGAGAGAGCUUUCUCCAGCAAGAGCGGCCCAGCCAGUCACUCUGGAACUCCUGUAGCUGUUGAUGAUAGUGAGGAAACAGAGAGAGCUUUCUCCAGCAGGAGCGGCCCAGCCAGUCACUCUGGAACUCCUGUGGUUGUUGAUGAUAGUGAGGAAACAGAGAGAGCUUUCUCUAGCAGGAGCCACCCAGCGAGUCACUCUGGAACUCCUGUAGCUGUUGAUGAUAGUGAGGAAGCAGAGAGAGCUUUCUCCAGCAAGAGCCACCCAGCGAGUCACUCUGGAACUCCUGUAGCUGUUGAUGAUAGUGAGGAAACAGAGAGAGCUUUCUCUAGCAGGAGCCACCCAGCGAGUCACUCUGGAACUCCUGUAGCUGUUGAUGAUGAGACACAUGUUUCUCCCGACCCACAGCUGGCAACAUCUUCUGUUGUUGAGAGAAAUGAAGAUGAAGGUGGUUCAGUUAAUCAUGUUGAUGGGGAGGAAUCAGGAGAAAAGGAGGAUGAGGAAAAACCACAGGAGAAUGAGGCUGAAGUUGCCAGAGCUGAAAAUGAGGAUGAAGAAGUUAAUGAAGCUGAGGUCAGUGAGUUCCCUGCUGUUGAUGAACAUGUUGAAGCAGGUGAAGAUGAUCUAGAUGGGGAGAGUCAUGAUGAUGUUAGGGAGCAGGAAGAAAAGGCAGACAUUGGGCAGAAUAACAAUGAGGUGGCAAAGGAAUCUGAUGAUGAAACCACCGCUGAUAAAGGAGGAGUGGACAAGGCUGAGAGUGUCACCGAGGAAGGCAAACGGGAAUUGGAUGAUGUUCAUACGGAAGAGGCUCCCGCGGAUCAAGAUGCUGAGGAUCCAGCACUGAGUGGCAAUUUGGCAAAUGAUGAUGAUGGAGAGGUGAAUAAGAAUAAGACAGCAGAACAGGAGGAGAAUCCGUCUGAAGUUGAUGCUAAGGAGGUUGAUACUGCUGUAGUUGCUGUCCCUGUGGAGACAGCUGAGACAGCUUCAGAUGUAGGUGGAGGGCAUGAGGUACAGCCUGAGGAAGUUCCUGAAGCACCAGUGGAAGCAGAUACUAAACAAGAAGAUAUUGAGCUAUCCCCAGAGGAGGAUGAGGCCACAAGUGAGGAUAAACCAGCAGAGGAUGAGGCCACUAGUGAGGAUAAACCAGGAGAGGAUGAGCCCACAAAGGACAAGGCCACAGAGGAUAAACCAGCAGAGGAUGAGGCCACAAGUGAGGAUAAACCAGCAGAGGAUGAGGCCACAAGUGAGGAUAAACCAGCAGAGGAUGAGGCCACUAGUGAGGAUAAACCAGGAGAGGAUGAGCCCACAAAGGACAAGGCCACAGAGGAUAAACCAGCAGAGGAUGAGGCCACAAGUGAGGAUAAACCAGCAGAGGAUGAGGCCACAAGUGAGGAUAAACCAGCAGAGGAUGAGGCCACUAGUGAGGAUAAACCAGGAGAGGAUGAGCCCACAAAGGACAAGGCCACAGAGGAUAAACCAGCAGAGGAUGAGGCCACGAGUGAGGAUAAACCAGCAGAGGAUGAGGCCAGAGCUGAGGAUAAACCAGCAGAGGAUGAGGCCAGAGCUGAGGAUAAACCAGCAGAGGAUGAGGCCAGAGCUGAGGAUAAACCAGCAGAGGACGAGGACUCAAAGGACCAGGUGACUGAGGACAAGCCAGCCAAUGAUGAAACCAGUCAGGAUAAACCAGCUGAGGAUGAGGCUACAACUGAGGACAGUCUGAACAAACCUUCAGAAGAACAUGCUCCAACUGUGGAUCCUGAGGAGACAAUGACAGAGAGGGAGGCUAAAGCUGAGGAUAGUCGGGAUGGGCCAGCUGAUGAUAAAGCUGGUGUGAAUAGCAGAUGGGAAGUGCUCCAUCCCGGUGGCUCCCCCUGGCCAGUGACCACAUCGCCCUCUCUAGGGUACUCCUACAGCCGUAAUCGAGCUGACUUUAUCCAAUCACUUGUGGAGUACAGCGACACAGACUCUUGCACUACACCACCAUCCACUGAUACUAUCCGCACUAACACGGCUCGGCAUCCAAGUAUCUGUCAUGACACCGAGCAUGGACCACCUGAGACAACAUGGACUGCACCCCUGCCGUGUCCAAGCAUGUACGAUUAUUUCAAAGUCGGGCCAGCUCUGGAGAGUAGAACACGUAAUCUGCCGCCUAUUUCAUACAAUGGAAACUCCAAGUGUGACUCGCUUAGGGCAACUGACCACAAUGGGUUCCCAUCCAACAGCAACUGGCCACCUCAGAAUAUCAGCCCUGGCCAGGAGCCUUGGAGUAAGGAGACAACGGGUUCAGAUCUGGACUGGUCAAGGAACCAGGACCAGAAUGGCCAAGGAGUAACUAGUGACUCUCAGUCACUAUCUGGGCAAACUCGAGCUGGGAGGGACAGGUGUGGAGAUGUUGACAAGGUAGAGCCACUAGAAGUGAACAGUCAUCCUAAAACGGCUUGUCAACUGAAAGGUUCCAGUGCAAAGCAGAAAGUUCAGAACCCUCGUCCAACAAGGGAGAGUCAGAGACAAGCUUACAGUGCAAAACUGAAGCCUCAAAACCCUCUUUCAAAAAGGAAUUGGACCAAAAAAGGUUGCAGUGCAAAGCCAAUUUCACAGAACCCUCGUACCAAGAGGGAUAAUGAAAUCAAGCAUUACAGUGUUGGGCCAAAACUACAGGACCCUCCUGCAGAGAAAGCUCAAAAGACUGGUAGCUAUGCAGUGCCAGAAUCUCGGAACCGUCGUCCCUGGAGAGUGUGUCAAAUAGGUGUUUACAAUGCAACUUCUCAGCAAAGGGAAGAAGGUCAGGUAAAUACACAGAUAACAAACAAGAUCAGCCAAGAGAAACAGUCUCCUACUUCAGAAAAGUCUUCUACUUCAGAAAAGUCUCCACAGAUUGUAUCUCAACAAGAGAGGAAAUCAUUCCCUGGUCAACACUUGAAGCCUCAACCCAAUAACAGUAUAGGCUGGCCUAGGAAGUCAGUUCAAGGGAGAACAAUGUCUCACCCUUUUCUGCCGACUCAUGAACUGAGACAGAUGUCAGCAUUCCCGGAGAGAGCAACACCUUUAAGCACAACCCCAGAGUCACAACGUGCUCUGUCUUAUACAAGGAGCUCUCAUUAUCUUGGGAGUAAUGAAGCAUCACAGUCAUUUAGUGAAUCAAAUCAAGAGUUUAAGAAUGCAUGCUGGAACUCCAGUCAUAGAAACAUUGGAACAUUGACAAGCCCUCUGCCACCAAUCAUGGCAAGUUAUAACUAUACACACAAGAGCCAGCAAGUUCUUGAUGUUUGUAACUGUAAGAUGAGCUCAUCCAAUGCUAAUCCACCAACUAGGAUUACCAUUGAUAAAUCGGCAUCACCGACCCCAAUGUUGUCUUGUGAAUCAGGGAAUAAGGUAUCUGCUGGAACAAGUCCAUGGAAUUCCAUCACACCAGAUGAAAGGUUGACUGGAGCAGGUUGUGCUAGUACUUGUACAAUUAGAGGUCCAAUCCCACCAAACAAACCUGAUUAUUGGUCUCCUCUGACUGGUGGAAGCCCUGUAACACCGAAGGCUCUUGAACACCAAAAUAUAGGGAGUGGGUUGAGUCCAUCACCACCACAGACACCCAAAUACCAGACAACUGGGACUGGAGCUAGUCCAUUUCCACCACGGACACCUGCUUAUCGAACCACUGGGACUGGAGCUAGUCCAUUUCCACCACGGACACCUGCUUAUCGAACCACUGGGACUGGGGCUAGUCCAUUGCCAUCACUUGCACCUGAAUAUCGAACCACUGGGACUGGAGCUAGUCCAUUUCCACCACGGACACCUGCUUAUCGAACCACUGGGACUGGGGCUAGUCCAGUGCCAUCACUUGCACCUGAAUAUCGAACCACUGGGACUGGAGCUAGUCCAGUGCCAUCACUUGCACCUGAAUAUCGAACCACUGGGACUGGGGCUAGUCCAGUGCCAUCACUUGCACCUGAAUAUCGAACCACUGGGACUGGGGCUAGUCCAGUCCCACCACGGACACCUGCUUAUCGAACCACUGGGACUGGAGCUAGUCCAAUGCCAUCACCUGCACCUGAAUAUCGAACCACUGGGACUGGGGCUAGUCCAGUCCCACCACGGACACCUGAAAACCAAACCACUGGAACUGAGUUAGGUUCAAUGCCAGCAGUGACAGCUGAAUAUCGGAGCACAGGGGUUGGGGCUAGUCCUGUGCCACCAGGAACUCCUGAAUACCAAACCUCUGUGACCGGAGCAAGUCUAGUUUCUCCCAUUACACCAGAAUAUCAGAAUACACCAGAAUAUCUGAGUACUGAGUCUGCAAUACUUCCGCAUAUUGGAGGGUACCACACCACCACACAUGAGAUGAACAGAGAUCUGGCGAUGCAAAGUCUUCCGCGGAAGAUGAGAAGUGCAUCUCUACCUGCAAUUGGGACAGAAACCUUGAGAGAUGUGAAAAGAAAGACUCGGUCACGACCUGCUGGGGAGACCCAAGACGAUGAUUUAGUCCUGAAACAGUUUGCUAUUGAAACCUGGAAAGAAGAUGAUAUUGCUCUUAAUGAUGCUGAAUGUGAAGAUUUGCUAACUAAGUUUGGAACUCCUGACUCAACAGCUGAAUUUGAUACGAUAUCCAAAGCUACAGAAUGUGUGGCAAAGACAGAAUAUAGGGAUGAAGAUGCCAGCACCACUCCUGUGAUGCCCAUGGUAGAGACAGAAACUGCUGUGAGCCCUGGUCUACUUUCUGAGGUGGAUCACCCUGGAAUGAUGCUAGGUGUAAUCUGCACUCCUCCAGAGAGGACUCUGUUGGAUAGGCCCAACACUCAAUCCAUAACCUGUUACGAUGUUGGAACUAUGAUAAAUCCUAAUGAACUUCCCCUGUUCAAAGAUGCAAGUACAUCAGUGACUCCAAGUCGACUGCUGAACAGGGAAAAUACUGCCACAUCUGAUGAUUUUGAGAGGACAUCACCACAGGAGAAAGAAUAUCCUUCCGACCUAGAGGCACUUUCCACGAACAGAGAUACAUGGACCUCUGUAACUCCUGAGAGGUUACCUGAAUAUAGUGAUGCAGAAACCAGCAUAAGUCCAGGAAUGCUCCAUGACUCCUCUGAUGCAGCAACUGCAGUGACUCCUAGUCUGCUCUCACAAACUGUUGAUGAAGGAACCUCAAUGAGCCCUUUACCACAACCAUUGUCCAGGGAGGUGGAAACAGCUGGGAGCUUGGAUGGACUGUCCACUUUCCCGAUUGUUGGUACCAUUCAAACUCCUGAUGACUUGUCUGGUUCAAAAGACUCUGGCACUUACGACAGUAUGAGUCCUGAUAACUCCCAACCAUCCAGAUCUCAAUGUGUUGGGAGUAGUCCAGAGAGCUUGGUGGAAUCGAUGACUAAUUCAGAAAAAAGAUAUGAACGUAAUGACUGUGUUCUCCUGAGCCCUAAUGUGAAAGAAACUGGGGAUGGACCUAAACAAAGCAAGAAUCAACCCAACAUGUUUGAAAGUAAUGAAUGGGAUGCCAAUUUCUGUACGAGGUCUGGAGUGAUGGCUCUUUACAAGGAUGCCAUGACUUUCAUUACUCCGGAGUGCCUGCCUCCACAUAAAGACACAGAAACGACAACCACUUGUGUUAAGCUACCGAUGUACAAAGAUGUAGGAACAAAUGUCAGCCCGAGCCUUCACAAGAACUUGAGUCUUGAGGAUUUACUUGGUGUGUCCAUGGGAUACCAUGUUCAAGGGCGCCAGAUAAACAUCAUUCAGACUUAUGUUUCCAGAAUUGGUGAGACAAACACAACGCACGGAUACAGAUGGAGAACCUUAGCAACACUUGGUGCAAGUUCAAGGACAGGAAAUCAUCCCACAAGGGUUGCUGUUGAUGCCUCCACAUCGCCUAGCAAAGUAUCGUCAGGUGAGAAGCCAGAGAAAGUGUCCACUGGUACAAGCCCAUUGAUUGCCAUUACACCUGAUAAGAAGAGAACUGGAACUGACAAGAAUGCAACAGACGGAACAGACUCAACUGCAGGUCCUUCUACUGAUCUUGCUGCGAGUCAAGAUGUUGGAACUAUAAUGGAAGCAGGAGAUCUGCCAGCUUACAAGGAAACAAGUACAUCAGUGACUCCAAGAAGGUUGCUUGAAAUAGCAGCAACUGGUACCUCUGAUGAUUCUGAAAAUUCACCAAGACAGGAGGAAGGAUGUAAUGUGAGCUUGGAUGCACUCUCUGCUAGCAGGCACACUGGGACAUCUAUAAGUCCAGAGAGACUUCCUGAAUUCACAGAUGCAGAAACAAGCACUUGGCCACCACCAAAUGAACCAAAGUACUGGUCUGUUGCCAUUGGAACGAGUCCUUUGCAGUCGGGUGCCAGUCCAGAAAAUGAUGACCCCUACCUAGUGUUAGAACUGGAAUCAAAGUACAGGAGUAUUGGUGCUGGGGGCACUCCUGUACCAAGGAUCAUAAUCCCCACCAGAUCGUCCUCCAGGGGACCUGGAGAGAUCGAUCAAGACCUAGAAUCGACCUACAGAAGCAUUGGAGUAGGAGUUGACUCCGACUGUACGAGUGAACAUUCAGAGGACAUGUUUAGGUCUAGGACAGUGACUCGUGGUGUUGGAACAAGCCCGCCACCUACAGCAUCUUCGAUAAGUGGAAUAGAACAUAUAUUUCAGUGGCGGUACCGAAGUAUGGGAAUUCCACCGGUAUCAUCUACAAACACCCCUGCCAGUAGAAAUAGAGAUAAUCCUUUUACCAGGGGAUUUAACUUCAAAAGUGUAGGCACAGGAGCUGAUUCUGAAUCAACUGCUAGUAGUCCAACAUCACAUUCAUCUGAGGGAGAAGAGGAUGGCAUAAAUCUGGGACCAAACUAUAGAAAUGUUGGAAGUGGACUCAGUCCUCCAUUGUCUAGUCCAGCCAUUCCGGCCAGCCACAGAGACUCUUUGGGCUUCACAUUUAAACAAAGGCUCAGGAGUGUUGGUACAAAUCCUCAGUCUGCAAGUGAAUCAGAAGACAAUGAUUCAAGUAAGGGGCCAAAGUACUGGACUGUGGGGGUCGCCACAAGUCCAUUGUCCACCAGUUCAUCAGAUGCAGUAACUGAAGACACACCUAGGAUUAGUAGAUGGCAAAAUGUUGGCAACAGAGCAAGUCGGAAGCCAACUGCAAAUGAACUUUUCAAGGAAACAACAGGUAAAAUUCCUGGUGUUACACUCGUGUGCAGACCUCGCCGAGAAAGCAAAUGUGUUGGAACUGAGAGAAGGAACUCGAAGGAGGUAGGAGCUAAAGCUUUGCCACAAGAGUCAUCAGCAUUCUUCAAGUCAGUGAACAAGUUUUCAUCAUUCCGAAAGCAGCAGAGAAUCUCUGUUGAUGAGGGUACAAGCCCAGAUAAACAAAACCAGGAGAGAAUCUAUGAUGCUGAACAUACUAGCCCAGAGGCCACAGAUCCGAAAGAUAGUGGAUACUUUACAAGAGGCAAUGGAGAUGAAUCAGUUGUGUCCUCUCAGGAGAAGAGGCAACAACUGCCUUCAGUGACGAGGAAAUCAUCCGUGAUGUCCCAGACAUCUCAAGGCUGCAGCACAGACAGCAGUCCUUCUUAUCAAAAGGAGAUGUCCAAUAUACCAGUGCCAUUUUACCUUGGGUUGGGCCAGGACUCUAGUGAAUCAACGAGUAGGCAUGUUGGUUCUAAGCUGAAGAAUGAGGCAGAUUUACCAACUUUGCCAAAGAAGAUGAAAUCAAAGGGCAGAAAGAGCUGGCCAUCUCUGAAGAGUUUGUCUGAACUGUGCAAGAAACAAACACUUCAAAAGCAGAAUGAGGUUGUUACCAGAGAACCAGCAGUCUCUCUUCCAAAGAUUUCAGAAGGUCAGGGACAGGGCAAGGCUAGAGACCAAAGCUAUAAAAAAAACACCAGUCCUUACCUAGAACCCCCUGUGUUCAUGAGGCAAAGAUCUAAUUCCCAGCAAAAGACAGGCCAAGUGUGUCCACAUUCUCAUUCACGAUCUAAAAGUGAUUUUCCAAGAGGUACAAAGACCAAGCACAAGAAGCACCAGAAAGUAAGAAAAGCCAGUGAACCCAUUGUGUAUCCAAGAUUUUAUCCAUACACAGGGUCUUUUUUAGUGAUUGGUGAGGAAUCUGGAAGGUUGGCUACCCUGGGUUCCUCAUCCAAAUCGGCCUUGUCAGUUGACAGUCAUGUGUCCUCUCAGUUCAAGUCAGUACACGGGCGUGUACCAACACCUUUUUCCUUCAAUCAUGAGGAGGAGGAGGAGAGGGAAGAAGAAAACAAAUCAAGACCAAACGCACCCAUUCGUCCUGCAUGCGUGGUCCACAGGACUGUAGCCACCAGCCCUUCAAUUCCAUCCACCAGUGUGUCAGUGGAAGGAAGGCCAGUGAGUUGCUCUGAAGAUACAGCACAGUCUAACACUUGUGAAGAAGCAGUCAUUACUCCAUGUCCUGAGUUAUUUCUUGACCAAAAGCAAAAAACAGGUGUCUCACUGAAACAGUGGAAUACAUUAUUCAACGGGAAUAGAGCUGUGGACACUCCAUCAAUAGGAUGUUCGUCAGCAAGUUCCAAAACUGUUUCUUCAAGACUAGAUGGUGAUGGUUCUGGUCCUAUCAGUGAGAACAAGCCAGGAAAGGAAGACUGCCACACUCAGAAUGAAAAACCUGUGAAGGAUGAUAAGAUGGUUGGAACUGAGCCAGAAGGCUUGUCCUUGCAAGCUGUUUCAAUAUCACACUCACUCAAUGAAGUGGCUGGCCUGCAGAUCACUCCAAGGGCAAACCCUGCUCCACAGCAGUCAUUUGAUUUGGCCUUGCAUUCUGAAUCAACUGGAGACAGUCAGCAUUCGAGACGGGCGUUGAUAGUUAUGUAUGACCAAUACCCUGAUGACACCCGACUUGAAAGUGAAACUCAUCCACUUGCUGGAGGAACUUCAGGAGGCCUUCAUGGAAGGAAUGAUCGGAAAGUGUCAUCUCCAAUUGAGUAUGCGGUUAUUUCUGUGCCCAACAGCCAGGAUCUUGAAAGCAUUGCAUCUGUCUUGGCUGCAAGAGAACCUGAGUUAGAGGUACAAACAACUCAAUACUCUUUGCCAAAUCUUGGUGGUGAGAAUGGCCAUCCUGAUUGGAGGAAGGUGCUGAGUCUGCUAGUCAGGUUGAUAGGGAGUGAUGGCGUCAAUGAAUCUGCUAAUGGAAAUGUGAGAGCUGCAUCUCAGGCCAAUGUUACUACUCAUUCCAGUCUGCAGGAGUCAGUGUUACACUGUGAUGUGGAAACCAUGACCAGUCCAUCACUGAUGAAGAAUUCCCAAAGGGUAGUGACGACCUUCACAAGGUCAACGUGUGUGACUCGUGUUGAGACUUCUUCCGAACUUGGACAUGAAAGCUUUGAUGUUCAGACGAUGACCAGCCCGUCCUUGUACUCCUUCUCUACUGUUACACAAUCACAGACUGUCACAAGGGCAAAGAGCACCUUUCUGGGUGCUAACGGAUUGAAGCCAGGUCAGGUUUUUCAUGGAAAAAGAAAAACGCAGAGCAAGUCAGUACUGUCACCACUUUUGGAGCCUCAUUUUGAGCCAAGUUACAACCAGUCAGCAGGAAAAGACACAAACACAUCAGAAAGAUGUCAAAUUGAUGAUGAUUCCAAUGUAAAUGCCAAAGCUGUGGGGAGGGAUAAGCCUCUGAGAAAAUCAGCUCCAAUCGUAAGUUGUCCGGUCUUUGAGCAAGACUCUGGACCAGUGGUGAAUCGGGUUCCCGUUGAAUCUACCCAGAAUGACAUAACUCACCAAGUGCCCGAAUCUGCUGAGUACAGAACUGACAGAGUGUCCUCAGCAGGUCCUCAACCAUCACAUGAGAACAUAAAUGAGAUGCCAAGCCUACUUCCAGCCAGGGAUGGGACAAAUCAUCGUACUGGGAAUGCUGAUGAGAAGAAUUGUAAAAGCCUGCCGGCUACCCUUGCAUUGAAAAGUGUUGGAAAGUGGAAGUCAGUUGGUAAACAUAGAGAUGAAAAUGAACAGGAGAAACGUGCAAAAGGCCAAAAUGAAACCAAACAAUCUGCAGAAAUGGCUAUGUUUGCAAGCCCUGAGGUCGAUAUAGGGACACUUGUUAGCCCACCAGCGCAUCUUGAAAGGCGUAGAGGAAGGCAUGUACAUUUUUCACCUGAGAGGAAUCCAGCAGGCGUUCAUCAUAUGCACAGCAGCAUUGAGGGACCAAAUGAAGGCAUGAUGUCUGAGGCUGAAGGAAGGAAGAAUAACGGGAAUGUCCCUGAAGAAACUGAACCCACCCCAGAUCAGACCAACUUAACAGAAGACUACAAGAUGAUGCUUGGCCAAGAAGCGGAUAAGAUGCUUACUUUUGGAUUUGGAGCUGUCGGUAUGAGUGUCAGUGAUCAGAAAGGUGUUGCUAAAACUCACCAGUCAACAUCCCCUGUUUGCUUCCCUGAUGUAGGAGGGGAGAGGGCUCAUAGCAGUGACUCUACAUGUAGGACAGUUGCUGUUGGUCCAACACCUCCGAUAUCAGCAGCGACUAUGACUGAUGUUGGCACUUCAGUGUCUGAGCCAGUUGAACAUGUAGCAGUGCCAGUAACUCCUCGAAUAUCUGAAACGCGUGGUUUAAGAAGUUGGACUGAUGCUGAUGAUGGCUUAAACAAUCCCAGUGACUCUGAGGAUAGCUCAUUGGAUGAGUUCUGUGAUUGUGAUGAGGAUGAACUGUCUCAUGUUGACUAUGGUGAAACACAUCCCAAUCACAAGUCGACUGCAACCAACACCUCAAGACCUUGUUUUGAGUCUGAGGAUGAGAUAGAGGAAGCUGUAGGAUGGACAGACAACGAGAAUACAAUGGUAGAGAGGUUACUACCACAAGUUUCAAUUCAAGAACCGACGUUUGCAACAGAAGAAACUGCAACAAGUCCAAUUAACCAAUCACUUCUUGAGUUCGAGGAAUUGGAGAGAAAGAUAGCACAGGAGACACAAAGUGCUGAAUGUGAUGGUCGGACAUCUAUCAAUAAAGGAGCAGCCCAGAUGAGAGUAAACCGAACUGACACAGGUACUGGAGCGUCUCCACCAAAUGAGGCUUUCAACAAAUCACCUCUGCCUCAACUCUUGAAGACGAUGUGGGGGACUGUGAAUCAAGCACUUGCUGUCAAUUCACCUGUGGAAUAUCCAGUACCUGAUGUGAACUACCAGACAUUCUUCGUGACAGAGCUUGAUCCAAGAUAUUAUGAUGAACCUGUUCGUACGACAUCAACUCUCCAGCAGGAUGCUACCAAAUCAACUGAUAUUCAUGGCAAUCAUUGGCCUCGGUUUGCCCUAAAGGCAACUGCUGUCAAAGCAGGAAGUCCAAAUCAGGCUAUGUCAUCUUUUGAUAUGAGCACAUCACCAAGUCCACCAAGUCCAAUAACUGCAUUGGAGUCUAGUGAUGUGAAAACAUCACCCAGAAUACCUCCAAGUCCUGUGGUGGAAUCUAAUGAUGUGGGCACAUCUCCUGGAAUACCUCCAAGUCCAAGACCUGUAGUGGAAUCUAAUGAUGUGGGCACAUCUCCCGGAAUACCUCCAAGUCCAAGACCUGUAGUGGAAUCUAAUGAUGUGGGCACAUCUCCUGGAAUGCCUCCAAGUCCAAGAACUGUAGUGGAGUCUUGUGAUGUGGGCACAUCACCCGGAAUGCCUCCAAGUCCAAGACCUGUAGUGGAGUCUUGUGAUGUGGGCACAUCACCCGGAAUACCUCCAAGUCAAAGACCUGUAGUGGAGUCUUGUGAUGUGGGCACAUCACCCGGAAUACCUCCAAGUCAAAGACCUGUAGUGGAGUCUUGUGAUGUGGGCACAUCACCAGGAAUACCUCCAAGUCCAAGUCCUGUGGUGGAGUCUCAAGAUGUGGGCACAUCUCCUGGAAUACCUCCAAGUCCAAGACCUGAAGUGGAGCCUAAUGAUGUGGGAACGUCACCCGGAAUACCUCCAAGUCCAAGUCCUGUGGUUGAGUCUCAAGAUGUGGGCACGUCACCAGGAAUGCCUGCAAGUCCAAGUCCUGUGGUGGAGUCUAAUGAUGUGGGCACAUCACCAGGAAUUCCUGCAAGUCCAAGACCUGUAGUGGAAUCUAAUGAUGUGGGAACGUCACCCGGAAUACCUCCAAGUCCAAGUCCUGUGGUGGAGUCUCAAGAUGUGGGCACGUCACCAGGAAUGCCUGCAAGUCCAAGUCCUGUGGUGGAGCUUAAUGAUGUGGGAACGUCACCCGGAAUACCUCCAAGUCCAAGUCCUGUGGUUGAGUCUCAAGAUGUGGGCACAUCACCAGGAAUUCCUGCAAGUCUAAGGCCUGUAGUGGAGUCUAAUGAUGUGGGCACAUCUCCAGGAAUUCCUCUAAGUUCAAAACCUCUUAGUGUAGGAAGAGGCCAAGUAGUAGAGUGUGUUGAUGUUGGCACAUCACCUGUUAUAUGUCUUAGUCCAAGACCUGCUAGCUCAGGCAGUCUGCUGCUUUCGUGUGAUGCUGGCACAUCCCCUCUAAAGUCCCUUGAUAUGGCGACAUCACCUACUCCUCCCAAUGCUACGAAGGUCAAUUCUCAAACUCACCAGACUACAAUGAGCCUUGGAAAGAACUCUCUAGACCUGGCAACAUCCCCCACGCCUUUGGGCUCACCAAUACUAAAGAACUCCAUGGACAUGGCCACGUCCCCCACACCUCCAAACACACCAGUGGUCAAGAUUUCGUUAGACAUGGCCACUUCCCCAACACCUCCAAACUCACCUAUGGUCAAGAAGUCUAUGGACAUGGCCACGUCCCCCACACCUCCAAACUCGCCAAUGGUCAAGAACAUGGACAUGGCCACAUCACCAGUGAUGAAGAACUCAGUUGACAUGGCCACCUCUCCUACUCCACUGAGCACUUCAAAACCUGCCUCUCCAAGAUAUAGAAGUCAUUCAGGGCGAAGUGACCAUGAUCAAGUCCUACCAAUGGAGGACAAAGAUGUGACCAGGAUCAGUCCUGUCCUCGAUGCACCAAGUCCAGUCAAGUCUGCUGUAACUGUGAAGCAACCAGUUGGAACAAUAACUGAGAGUUCGAGAGCAUUCCUUACCAGGCUUGAGGACUUCCUUGAUGAAGAUGACAGUAUCAUCCAGGACGAUGACGGCAAUGAUGACCAAUCAUUGACGCUGUCCGAUAUGUCUGAAGUCGACAGCUUCUUCAACAAUAACAAUGACUCAUUAGCUAACACAGCUAUCUUUGGUGAUAGUGAGAGAAAGGACUGGCGUGAUUCUGCCGAGCGCUCCAUUGAAGAUGAGAUUCAGAAUGACUUUGGAUCAUCUGAAGUUCCUGUGAGUACCCCAGGGAGUACCCCAGGGAGUGCUCUGCUACCUGUUGCACUCAUGGACCGGAAGCAAAAACUCAUCAAGUGGCUGCGAGCGUACGUAGGAGAGGAAGAGGAGUAG